ACCUUUGAAUGUGUUCAGGUGUAUCUGACAGUUUACAUUGCUGUGUUGGAAUGUGCUGGGUGUGGUCUUGGAUGGCUCGUGCUGCGAGCCUAUGGGACGCCAGAGAGCCAGCCUUGUAUUGAGGCUGCAUGACGAGGCCACUCACAGUCGGCAGCCCACGCGACACUUGCACAGUCGCUGCUUCAAUAGAACUGAUUGACUCGUACGCACGCCUCAAGGCUCAACGUCUUUGCCCAAAAGCAAAAACGCUAAAACUUCAGGAAUCUGUUCACUUUUCUUAUUGUUUGGUUCUUUUAUUUCAUUUAUUUUUUUCUCCCCCAAUAGUCUAUGGCAAUGCAGACAUGCAAUUACUUGCCGUUUCCAUCUUGGGAUUAUGAUUUUAAGAAUUCUGGGACAUUUUAUGAAUUUCAAGAUUCAAGUGUUGCUGUUCACGAAAUUCCUGAUUUAGCAGUAUUACCACAGUCUUCUCUGGACCUAUCUGGGCUGGAGUGGUCCUGUACUGAGCUCUCCAGUUCGGUGUCUCCUGUUUCAACACUAGAGGGCCACAACCUGCAUGUCUCCCCUGCCUUUCAGUCCCCCACCCCACUUCAGUCACCCUCUGGGGCCUUUUCCUCUGUGGACUGCUACUGGAGAGAUAAGGCCGACCUCAACCAGAGGGCCCUGGGAGAUGCACUAAAGACCAAUGACCAGCUCAGUGUGAGUCUAAACAAGAAGCACGAAGAGAUCCUAGCAUUACAGGAAAGAAAUAACCAGCUGAAGGAGCUUGCCAGCCAGGCCAAACAUUUGGCCUCCAUACUUGAUCUUUUGACACAAUCAACAAGCAGUGACUUCCCCACAACAGAAGCAACGAAUCAGAGGACUGGAAUUAAAAGGCAGAGGCAGGACGAUCUGCAAACACUCAGUGCGGUCCCGAGAGCCAAUAUAAAUAACAGAAAUCUAGACUUGCAUAGGGACUCAAAGCAGCCUAAAUUGCACCAAGAUGUGGAACCCGCUGUAGAGGAGAGGAUAAACGUGUGUGGAGCUUUCAGAAGACUACAGGUGAACACCUUCUGCAACCCUGUCUCUGCCGACAGCAGCUGCUCAGAGGAAGGAAUGUACUUCAGGACCUCCAUACGAGACCACUGCACCAUCAGGACUCUGGUGUUUCCACAGGGAAGGACUUUCACCUCAAAAGUUCACAGUGGGGGCUACAGGUUUCGCUGGGUGCCAUGCUAAAACAGACUGUCAGCUAACUUCAGAGAUUUGCGGGUGGGGGAAUUCCAGUCCUCGAGGGCUGCAGGCAUUCUGUUCUUUGUUCAAGCUCCUCUUUUAAUUGCUUGAUUGAAGUCAAUCUUCAGAUAGGAAGCCACCUUUCUUCAGGUGUGAAAUAGUUACUGCUUGAAUGUUAACUCUCAAAUCAGCAGAACCCGAGCCUGCAGGCUUGGCGCUAACGACACUGACCACUGCCUGAUAUAACUUUCUUACCGCGUUGCAUCUACCCCUUUAAUUUAAUGGUUAUAUGUAUGAUUUAUGCAUAAAUAGAGUCGUUGCAUGCAUCUUACAAGGAGGUGAAUAAGGUGAUCUAAUAAUUUGUAAAAUUGUAUCUGAAAAGAACUGACUUUGAAUAUAUUCACAUAUGCCAAAGUAAUGUAUGAAUAUUUAAAUUUUAAUGAGGACUCUUUGUAAGCCUUAGCGGUCGUAAUGACUUUUGAAGACUGUUAUUUUUACAUAAAAAUAAUUUGAACAUG